CGCUGUGGUCUUCUUCAAGAUGGCGGGGCUGCAGUUCAGGCAGUAUGGCGCUGCGUCUAGAAUAUAAUCACAUUGAAAGGUAGCCUGGUGCCCGAUAGAAGACAGUCGUGUCAUAUUUAUCACUUCCAGAAGAUACCAGUGGAGGAUGAUCAGUGCCUAGAUCCCAUAUUAAGCUGAAUGCAUUGUGAUUUCCAAUAAUUGAGACAGUGAUUCUGAAAGCUGUCUACAUUAAUGAAAAGAACAAUGUAGUCAGCUUAGCAUUUUCACCUCUGGUACGUGGUCUAAACAGGGAUGUGCUUCUGCAUGCAUUCUGGCUUUAGAUAAGCAGAGUCUCUGAACAGCUCAGAUUUUAGAAUAUAUUAUCAGCUUGUGUAAAUUGCAGUCCAGUAGACAGAGGAAAAUGGAGAUAGAUGAUGUGCUACCCCCUCUCCCCUUGGAGCCACCUGAUGAUUUUGGCCAAGAUGAGGGCAGAGCACCUCCACCACCUCCCCUGCAAACGUCCAGUGACGCAGAGGUAAUGGACGUUAGCUCUGGUGGUGAUGGAUACACAUACACCCCAGGGGACGGGGAAGCCGAGCCACAGCAGCCCCUCGGCCAGGGCUCUAUAACUUUCUAUAACAACCUCUCAGAGGAGGCUAAUCCCAACCCAACGUGCCCCAGAACAGCCCGCCACGCUCCCCAAGUCACCGGGUUUCUACCAGACCUCAAGCUGCUCAGAGAUGUUAAGAUCCGUGUAAGCUUCACUGAAAGCAGCAAUAGGAAAGACAGGAAGGUUUUGUACACAGGUGAAGGGCAGGAGGGAGGAAGUGAUGAUGGCUUAGACAGCGUUAAUGGUGAGUUGCAUGACUCGACUAGUGAGCAGGAAGUAUCCGAGGGAAGCUUUGGCGCAGGGAACAUGGCAGGCAGAAGAUCAGAGGAGGCUGAGGUAGACCUGGAAAAUAAGGUAGAGUUUGCUGUCCUGGAUGAAUUGGACGACCGCUACGAGAACUUCAUGGAUGAUGAUGAUGCAGAGCAUGGUGGCUUUAAGUCUGAUGUCAUAGUUCAGCAGGAGCAAGCAGAUGAGGAGGCCGUUUCUUUCUCGUAUGAGGAGGAGUUUGACAAUGAUGUUGAUGCUCUGCUGGAGGAGGGCAUGCCAGUCCCAAAAAAGAUGCGUCCGUCAGAGGACAAAGAUGGCGGGGACAGUGAUCAUCCAUCAGAUGGUGAAGGAGGUGUUCAGCCCAUGAUGACCAAAAUUAAGACUGUCUUGAAGAGUCGUGGGCGUCCACCCACUGAGCCUCUCCCUGAUGGAUGGAUCAUGACAUUCCAUAACUCGGGCAUUCCUGUCUACCUGCACAGAGAGACCAGGGUGGUAACCUGGUCCAGACCCUACUUCCUGGGGACUGGCAGUAUUAGGAAACAUGACCCUCCGACCAGCAGCAUCCCUUGUCUACACUACAAGAAAAUGAAGGAUCAUGAGGAAAAGGAGCUAAAUGGGGAUGUGAUACCCAAUGUUGAGGAGUCUACUGUCAAGCCCAGCGAGGAGGCCAAUGGUGAAGACAUAGCAGACAAGUCAGAGGCUACAGCCGAGGACCAGGACAACGUCCCUCCCUCCACUGUGGCUGACGGUGGGCCAGAUGGAAAGGAUGCCACUAAUAAAAGCGUGCCAGUUAAAUUGCCCCACCAUUUUGACACUGCCCAAGGAGCCUUAGGACAAGUCAAGGCCAAGGUGGAGGUGUGCAAGGACGAGUCCAUAGAUCUUGAAGAGUUUCGCCUGUACCUGGAAAAAUGCUUUGACUUUGAGCAAGUCACAGUGAAGAAGUUUCGCACCUGGGCUGAGCGAAGGCAGUUCAACAGAGACAUGAAGAGGAAGCAGGCAGAAACGGAGAGACCUAUCCUGCCUGCCAACCAGAAACUCAUCACACUGUCAGUCCAAGAUGCACCCACUAAGAAAGAAUUUGUCAUCAACCCUAACGGGAAGUCUGAAGUUUGCAUCUUGCAUGAAUAUAUGCAACGUGUCCUAAAGGUUCGACCUGUUUACAACUUUUUUGAAUGUGAGAACCCAAGUGAACCCUUUGGAGCGUCAGUCGUUAUAGAUGGAGUAACUUACGGCACAGGAACCGCAAGCAGUAAAAAACUUGCCAAGAAUAAAGCUGCUCGAGCCACACUGGAAAUCCUCAUCCCUGACUUUGUGAAGCAGACCUCGGAGGAGAAGCCUGUUGAGGGCGAUGAACUGGAGUAUUUUAAUCAUAUCAAUAUAGAAGACUCAAGAGUGUACGAGCUGACCAACAAAGCAGGACUACUUUCGCCAUAUCAGAUUCUUCAUGAGUGCCUUAAAAGAAACCAUGGAAUGGGAGACACAAGCAUCAAGUUUGAGGUGAUCCCAGGGAAAAACCAGAAGAGUGAAUAUGUGAUGACAUGUGGGAAGCACACCGUGCGUGGCUGGUGCAAGAACAAAAGGGUUGGCAAACAGCUAGCAUCUCAGAAGAUCUUGCAGAUGCUUCAUCCCCACGUCAAGAACUGGGGCUCACUGCUGCGUAUGUACGGCAGAGAGAGCAAUAAGAUGGUCAAGAAGGAGAGCUCUGACAAAAGUGUGAUCGAGCUCCAGCAGUUUGCCAAAAAGAACAAGCCAAACCUUCAUAUUUUGAACAAACUGCAGGAGGAAAUGAGGAAACUAGCCAAGCAGAGAGAGGAAACAAGGAAGAAACCCAAGAUGACCAUAAUGGAGUCUGCCCAGCCAGGGAGUGAACCCCUCUGCACUGUUGACGUUUAAGUCUGGAAAUCACUGAUGAACCACGGCACUGAAACCCAGUCACUGUCCGACAUCACACCCCUCCAUCCAUCCAUCCAUCACUUAAUUAUGCAUCACUGAAAUCUAAUGGCAAUAUAGUUCCACUUUGACCAGGCCGGUAGAACUGCUUGCAUCCUUCGCCCAUGUUGUAUUGGUUCAGCUGGUAGAUGUAAGGGUAGGUCUAAAUGAACUAACAGACAUUAGAGCAAAUAUCGUCUACCUCUCUAGGUGCAGCCUCGCUAUGGCGCUAGAAGAAAAAGUCACUCCAGGCUACAGAGAAGAUACCAUGACUUGAUAACACAUGAACCACAUCAAAAAAUAGAAAUGCAUGCCUCUUUACCCGCAAAAAGACACUGCACUCCUUUUGUUUUGUUUUGAAGUGUUGUUUUUCAACAGUCACAAUCUUAGAGUACAAGCACCUAUUAGUUUUGUUUUGUGCUUCAAGUAUUUCAAAGGGACUACUAGUACUUGUGUAUUUAUACCAAUCAUUACAUAGGGAAACAAAGUUACUUGUUCAUUGGGUAUAUUUAAUGGUAGGUGUUAUGGAUAUUUUGGGUGAUAAAUACAAAAUAUGCCGUUUUGUUUUUCCUCCGAAUGGACAGCUGCUGUCUUGGUUUGCACGAUUUAAAAACAUGCGUUGUGAAGUGAUGACUUUUGAGAACUAUUGUUAUGCACUUUUGUCCUGUCAAUUAUUUUUGUUGACUGAACAUGCUGUUGGUACAGGAAUAACUGUGUUUGGGAUAUUUGAGGUGACUUGCAUUUGGAGGUACUUGUUGCCUUUUUUUCCCCCCACUCUUUUGCCUUGGCGAUACUAGAAUGAGAAGUCCUGCCUCCCAUGCCAACACUGCAGUAAACCCAAGCACAGAGUACUGUGAUAUGUUUAGGACAAAUGUUCAUUUCUUUAAUGUGCUUAGUUCUCGCUAGCUUUUUAAGUACAAAUGCCAUGCACUCCAACUAACCAUUCGGUACAUUUCAGUAGUGGUGCCCUUAAGAAAUCAUGUUGCCUUAGUUAAUCCAUUUCAUGAAGGGCUGAGAGUAUAAUACUUAACAUUGGACCUAAAACACCCUUCAACAGGAAGUGGAAAGACCAAGCCCCCUUUACCUGAUAAAGCAUUUAUUGUUUAGCCAAUUAGACAUUUACUGAAGAGAGCCUCUAAAACAUCACAUACUUAUGGGAAAAAUGCCUCCAGCAUGUGCAGAUUUUAAAGACUUGUCUUAAUGGAUUGUGUAAUUUUUUUUUUUUGUUGUGUGUUUGCCAUCUUGACAGUAUUUUCUGACCACAAGUAGAAUGCAUUUUUACAAAAGGCAGCCUUCUAAAAUUUACUUGGUACUCUAAUGUGAACAAAAUGCGAUCAAGUAAUUUAGUCCAACAGAAGCUGAUGAAAGUGUGUAUACCAAAGCUUACAUACAGUCUUAUGCAUUUUAUAGAAGUAAUGUUGCUGCAAACUGUACAGUAGAAACAUCUAUAGCAGAGGAAAAUGCAUAGACCCAUUACUUGCUGGAACAAAAUAGAAACUGCUGUGCAUCCUUUGUCAAGUAUUUGGCCUAUGUUUUUUUUCUUUUUCUACAGAAUAUUCAAGGACAUCAGUUUAAACACAAGGCUGUUGUGAUAUUGUAAAUUGCUAUAAGAAUGUGCUUUCCCCUCUGUGCGUUUGUCUUGCCAAGUGUGUCAGUGUGAGAAGAAAAAAAUACCGCUUUUACACAUUUCUGUUGAGUUGUACCAAUGAAUUGUUUGAGAUGUUGCUGCCUAGAAAAUGAAGUAUGUAUAUCUGCAACCUAAGCUCCAUGACUUUAGCGAUAUUUGUUAUGCAAAAUAAAAUGUCUUGACUAAUGAUUAGAAA